UCUCUCUCUCUCUCUCUCUUUCCCUGGUGUUUUGUUUGUGUUUUCUUCACCGAGUGACUUUGGGGAAGACGGAAAAAGGAAAGAGAAAAUCGAAAAAGGAACAAACUUUCCAUGCGCUAAGAGAAAACCCUAAUCGGAUUCAACUCCCUCUUUCUUCCUCUCUCUAAAAAGCUAUUGGAAAAUGGUGAAGAAGAAGGUGCCGGACUGGCUCAAUAGCUCGCUCUGGUCCACAACUCCAUCUUCCAACGACGAUCACUCCCUCCAGUACGCCUCUAAACCUUCUCCAACCGCCACCUCAGCCGCCUCCGCCGGCUACGAUGUCUCUGAGCCUCCCGCCGUUGACCCACCCGUCCCUGUGCCUCCUCCUUCAGUCGUCGUGGAACGAGAGUCUCCCAAGCCCGAAACUCAAGAUUCAAACCCUAGCUAUGAAGAUAAUAGUAAUGGCGUUUCUUCAACCCCUUCCGCUGAGGAAAUCUCUCGCCAGGCUCAGCUAUUGACUGAGUUAUCGAGGAAGGUGAUAAACAUGCACGAAUUGAGGAAAAUUGCUUCGCAGGGCAUACCAGAUGGUGCUGGGAUUCGUUCUACGGUGUGGAAGCUGUUAUUGGGAUAUCUUCCUCCGGAUCGUAGUCUUUGGUCGACUGAGUUAGCUAAAAAAAGGUCCCAAUACAAACAUUUCAAAGACGAGCUUCUGAUGAAUCCCUCAGAAAUUACAAGGAAGUUGGAAAAAUCAACAAUUUAUGACAAUGAUGAAUCAAAAUGUGAAAGAAGGGGCUUACUCUCGAGGUCUCAUAUAACUCAUGGGGAGCAUCCUUUGAGCCUUGGGAAGACCAGCGUUUGGAAUCAGUUCUUUCAGGACUCGGAAAUCAUUGAGCAGAUUGACCGAGAUGUAAAGCGCACUCAUCCAGAUUUCAACUUUUUUUCCGGGGACUCACAGUUUGCUAAAUCCAAUCAGGAGGCAUUAAAGAGCGUAUUAAUUGUAUUUGCAAAGUUAAAUCCGGGUAUAAGAUAUGUUCAAGGGAUGAAUGAGAUUUUGGCACCUUUGUUCUAUGUAUUCAGGAAUGAUCCCGAUGAGGAAACUGCGGGUUGUGCUGAAGCGGACACAUUCUUUUGUUUCGUCGAGUUAUUGAGCGGAUUCCGUGACCAUUUCUGUCAGCAACUUGAUAAUAGUGUUGUUGGAAUCCGUUCCACAAUUACAAAAUUGUCACAGCUUCUGAAGGAACAUGAUGAGGAGCUAUGGCGUCAUCUUGAAGUCACAACAAAAGUCAACCCCCAGUUUUAUGCAUUUAGGUGGAUCACUCUCCUUUUGACCCAGGAAUUUAAUUUUGCAGACAGCCUUCACAUCUGGGACACACUUUUGAGUGAUCCUGAAGGUCCACAGGAAACUCUUCUUCGUAUAUGCUGUGCAAUGUUGAUUCUCAUUCGGAGACGACUAUUAGCAGGCGAUUUCACUUCUAAUCUCAAACUACUACAGAACUACCCUCCAACAAAUAUCAGCCAUCUGCUCUAUGUUGCCAACAAGCUGAGAUUACAAUCCUCAGGCUGAUCUACUUCCCCAUCCUUUUCUUCUUUCACAUUUUUGCUUUAGUUUACCAUAUUUUGUGGUUCAAAUUUCCAAUGUUUGUAAAUUAGUGGAUGUAAAUGCCGGGCAAGAGUAAAGACUGAUAGGUUUUUAUUUUUAUUUUUUUAAAUGAACUGUUAUUUUGGUUGCAUAGUCUUUUUAUUUAUUUUAUUUGUCUAUUCAAUUAUGGAUUGAUGAGGUGAUUGGUCAGAAUCAUUGUUUUGUAAUAUUCGUUAUUGGUAGGUUCAUCAAUCAAACGAAAAGACUCAGUGUAACACGCUGGACGCUGUCUUCUCUUAUUUUGUUUCAAACCGUGACUUACUGAACA